CGGUCUUCGUUCCCCGGAUAUUCUUCCGCUCUUCCGCAGCGGAUGAGGGCGCCGGCUGAGCGAAGUGGGAGUUAUGGCUCGGAGGAUCUUUUAUCCCCUUUAUCAGUUAGGAAAUCCUCCAACGAGAAUUUUCCGGACAGAUUACUUCUUGACACUGGUGAGGCCUGGCAUCCCGCUGCCGGAAGAUACAGUGCAAUUCCGGAUCCCCAUGGACAUGACAAGAAUAGAAUUGAAAGACUACCUUGAAAAAAUAUAUAAUGUACCAGUAGCUGCUGUUCGAACCAGGAUACAGCAUGGCUCAAACAAACAGAGGGAUGACAAAAAUAGACGAAUCAAGAAGCCAGACUACAAGGUUGCCUAUGUACAGCUGGCUGCAGGACAGACUUUCCAGUUUCCAGACUUGUUUCCAGACGGGGACAAAGCUCCUGAGGUUGAUGAAGAGGUCGAGAAAAAAGUGAAUGAAGAGAAGCAGCAGAACGAUCCUAGACGUGGAGAUGUUCCUAAUUGGUUUUGGCGCUGAUAGAAGAUCUGCUGUUUUCGGGUUGGGUACCUUGGAGGGAUAUGAACCCUUUCACCCAGUCUUAGUCCUCUUUUUUUAAUAUCAUUAUCUUUGGAAGACCUUUGAAAAUAUAUUUAAUCCCUAUUUCAUGCAACAGAUGUUUUGGUAAAAAAUGAAAAGCCUCUUGACAUAGAAGGUGGCAAGUGUGGGACAAGUUUGUCAGCUUCAGCUGUAGUUCAUAUUUGUGCUUGGAGAGAAGAAAGACUUACUGGUGUAUCUGUCCUUCAUUAAACCAUUAGAGAAUAUUUACAUGGCUGCAUGACACCUAGUGAUGAAGGUAUUAAAAGUUGGAAUUAUCUGGUUACCACUGAAAUGAGAGAAGCUAAAUCUUUGAGUGGGUUGGGCCACUUUUGGGGUAAUGCCCUUGGAGUGUUAUAUGGAAUUUGAUUCUUCUCAUAUUAAUAGAGUAUUGGUUUGGGGGUGGAAAUGGCAUAAUGUGUUCUUGGAGCCAAAAGUUCUCAAAACAUGCAUAUUCCAACUGAACCUCAUCCAGUAAAAGCCAUUGUCAGCCUAUGUUCUUUAUUUGUUGGCUCCGUUUCUAGAGAUUCUUAAAUAGGGGUGUGUAGAAAUGGAAAAUGAUUGUUUUUAAAAUUCAGGACAAAUAGCCCACUCAAAAUGUUCUGAGUUGGCUGUAGUUAGAUAGAACAAAAUUUUAAAUGUUCUGAGCAUUCUGGCCAUAGGAAACAAUGGAAUCUUGGAACCAAUGCUUUGUUCCCUGAUUUUCACUUCAGGGAUCACACAAGGUAGAUAGGGUGGCAGUCUAUGCUGACUGCAGAUGUAGGUUUCAGGAAAACUUUGAAUCAGAUUUUUUUCUGGAAAACUUCCCAGGAAUUUUUUCUAUGCAAAUGAACAUAAUUCCAAUGAGUAUAUUUAGCUCAAUAUCCAUAGUCUGCACAAGUAUUUGAGUUACAUGUUUUUUAUGUAAGGGAGGGAGAUCUAUGAAAUUCCUGCUUUUCAGUUUUUUAGAACAAUCACCUGAAAAGCAUACAUCAUACAACUUUGAAACCGCCAAACGUGCCUGGAGUGGAAAAUUUUCCAGCCCACAUCUCUACUUACUACUGACUAGUACUUACCAUCCAGUCUACAGAAAUGUAGACCAAGGACAUGAUUUUAAAAAUGCAUAUAUGUUGAAAAGAAAUUUUAAAACUCCUGUAGCAAUCAAAGGAAGCAACAGUUUUACCAGAUUUUUUAACAUUCUCUGGCUAAUAAGCACAAGUACAUUUUAACCCAUAAAAGAAUAAGUAUCUUGCUUUUUUCUGGACUUCUGUUCCUGUUUGUACUAGGUAUGUUGCAAAACAAAAUGUGGCAUGUCUUACAUUAAGAAUAGUGACUCCCCCCCCACCCCCGCCUCUAGUACUGUAUUUGCCAGGUGGCAAUGGUCAAUAAACCAACAAAACCAA